GCACGUAUAAACAUUCAUUUCUAUGGGUUACGGUACAUACACAAAAGAAACAGCAAGUAUAAGCUUAACACAGUGGUGUGCUCUAAAGUAACUCGCAUAUCCUAAAAAAUGAGUUGGAAAAAAUACGUUGAUAAACAACUAGUAGGAACACGUAAUGUUCGAAAAGGAGCGAUUUUCGGCUUAGACGGAAGCACUUGGGCAGCAUCAAAGAAAUUUAAGGUUACAAGUGAGGAAGUCAAAGGUCUGGUCCAAGGCUUCGCCAACCCCUCGGGUCUGCAUUCAACGGGAGUAAAACUAGCUGGACAAAAGUACACUUUCUUAAGGUCAGACGGACAAAUGAUCUACGCCAAGAAAGGCGGAGAUGAAGGCUGCUGCGUGGCAAAGACAAAGCAAAGUAAGAAAUACCAGGAUGGCGUGUAUUUCAAUACUUGGAGUAUGUAUUAUACUUUCACUGUAUACCUUUCUCUUUUUCUAGCUAUUAUUGUUGGCGUCUAUACUAAAGGGAUCUUACCAGGCCAAUGUAAUUCCACCGUGGGCAAGCUUCAAGAUUAUCUAGUUUCUGUUGGAUACUAGACACUAACAAUUCAUUUACACACAAAUGUGUGUUCUUCAAUAGCAUAUAAAGUUGACUGUGCAGAUAGUAGAUUGUUAAAUAUAAUGCAACCUGACAACUAUCUUGCAAUAAAAUAAACUGUACUUGAAGUUACAAAACAAAUGUGUACAUGUAAUAUAUUGUUGUACUGUUUAAAUUUUAGUGGAUAACUAAAGCAAAAUUUUAUUUAUACCUUGUUUAAAAACAGCUUUUACUCAUGUAAUUACCGUAUGUGGUAAUGAGGAUGCGGCUCCACUUUUUUUUUCUGCAAUGGCAGUGUGAGGCGACUGGGGAGGCAUGCUUCUUUGUGGGGGAUACACCCCCACACACCCCUAGACACGCAACUGGGUAGUUGGGCUAAUGUCCAUCUCAAUCAAUAAGGUAAACAUUAAAAGAUAAUCCCUUUAGCUUACUAUUGUGAAGCCAACACUGUAGUUGCAAAACUUUACCAUGCAGCUUUUUAACAGAAACUAGUUCUUGCACUUACAAGUUCAUUCUAUAAUGUUUAGUUCAUCCAUAUUCCAAAUGUACACAUCUUGAGCUGCCCAUCCACUGAAUGGCUGUUGUGCGGAGCACAGCAUCAUUUAAAUCUUGACCUUAGAUUGCAGUGGAC